AGUAUUCUGUGCUCGGGGCUCGGGCCUCGUUUGAGUAAUUAAAAUAUUCGUUGAUCACUGCUUAGAGUGUAGUGUUAAUAUUCUAAGGAUCACAGAGUAAUUUUAGUUAGAUUAAACGAGUCAUGUUCUUAGAAUAUUGAUACUAGCGUUAUUAUUCUUAGCUCAUGUAAUCAUAUUAUACUUUCUUUGAUGAAGUUGCUAGAAACUGUCGCUAGAAUCAUCGCGAAGCACUGUAGUUCGAUCACCUCGAACAACAGCGAACUUGGAAGCGAAUUGAACGCGAAGUCAAUCAUGAUUAAUAGUCCAUUCUGAAUGUUUUAAAUCAAGUAAAACUGUACAAAAAACUAAUUAUAUUUAAACAACGUGGAAGUAUUGAACUGAUUUGCAGUGUCACUAGAUAUAAAUGUGAAUAGGAGUGUUCCUUACUACAUUGUUGUUAGUGAUUAAAUACAAUGGAUUUGUUAAGUUUCCCGGUUGUAGUGAUAGAAAAUAUAUUAGGCUAUCUCUCGUACGAUGAAAUUGCUAAAAACAGAUUGGUAUCAAGGGCUUUCAAUGAAGUGUGUAUGCGUAUGUUGAAUCGUGGUUUCUUGAUAAUAGAACGUAGCCAUGCCAUGGCUCUGAAAAAUGUGAAGGCAAAGCUUCCUAGAAGAGAAUCUGAACGCAGAUAUCAUCCACUGGCUAGGCACUGUGAUAUUCUCACAUCAAUUGAGACAAGGAUUUCAAUGUUGAACAUGACUUACUCCAAGUUCGUAGACUCUGGUAUUUGUUGCUUUAUCCCAGGAAAGGUUAUUGAUGAAAUAAAACGCGUUCUUCAUAUAGUAGAAACCUCCAAAACGCCGCCCAGAGCCCACGAAGUAUUACAGGAACUGAGAGACAUCUCGAGUAUGGCCAUUGAGCACUUUGAUGAUAAGAUUUCACCAGCAUUCCGCAAGAACCUGCGAGAAUGUGCUAAUCAACCACCUCCAAGGACUACUCAGGCUGCUGUGCCCCAGAGCUGCACUCCAUUCGUCCAGACCGGUGUACUAGGGCCUCUUCAGUUGCGACAAGAAAUACUUCUCUUGCGUAAGCGAUCUAAACUGAACUCUAAGGUUUCCUUGUUUCUGGCCUCACAGUACAAUAAAUUCUACAAGUGGAUGAUAAAGUAUAAACGCAUUGCUUGGCGUCAAAGGAGAACUAUACGUGCGCUCAAUAACAGGCAAAGAGAUCAGGAAGCGGUUGUGGCGGAUCUCAAAAAGCGUAUAGAGGAGUGCGACAUAAAGUACACCGAGAUAACUCACACGAAUCAAGCGGUUGGUGGUAAAGUUAUUGCGGCAUCUACAGUAUCAGAAAGCGGUCCAUCGCAGUCUCUCCGCCAUUUCGGAAGCCAGAUUAAAUUAGAUCUGUCAGUUCUGCCAAUUGGUACCAACAAAAGCAACGCCAGUAAACUGUUGCCAAACAUGAAACCACGUAAACCCUUGAUCAAGCUACCGAGCAUGUCAGAAGGUCAUGGUACUGCUGAAUCAAAUCCACUUCCGUCUACUUCGAAGCAGAGCCCUAGGGCAAAAACCCAGUCAGCAAUGGCGAAGAUACGUGGUAUUGCCGAGGAAAUAUUACAGCUCAGUAAUUUGUCUAAGGACCUUAAUGAACAAUUGAAGCGACCUUUGGAAUCCGAUGAAGAAGUUGAGGCCAAGAAGAGAAAGUUAAAUUAAGGUUACAUUAUGUAACUGUAUUCUUUGUUGUUAAAUUCAAAAAGUUAGGUUAGGUUAUAGGCUAUGCCAAUUAAGAAGCAUUUUCAAAAUGGGCGACUAUUGCUUUUCAUGUUUGUCCGCACGAUAUCGGAAUUUAAUUAAUUUUAAUUUUUGCGAAUAUAAAUUAUCUAUUCGCACAUUUCGCAUUCGGUCACUAAAACAAAUUGUAAUAAAAAUGUUACGAGUAGAAA